UUGAGAGAGAGUGAGAAACACGAAAGAAAGAGAGAAAGUGGCGAACAAAAGCUAAUUCCUCUUUCUCUCUAUUUCUUGCUUACUUCUCCUACCUCCAUUAUUAUUCCUCAUGAAAUACACUCAAUUUUUUAUAUUCGAAUAAAAUAAUCGUGAAAAAAAAGGGGGAAAACGCCUCUUUCUUACAUGCAACCACCAUUGAUUUGAAGCAACAUAAACCUAAUUUUCAUCAUCAAAAUUUACAGAAAUUUACUUCAAAAUUCAUCAAUUUCUGCUCGUUUAAACAUCAAUUUUGUAUAACUUAGAAUUAAAAUUCUAAAUUAAUUAUAUAUAAAAAAAAUGGUUUCAGCAAACGAAGAAAUGGCGGUGUACUGUUUCGACACACUUGUUGCUCACUACAAUAGCGACCAAGUUCCUCCUCCUGCUUUCGAGGAUGGUGAUCACCCUUUGUUUGUAACCUGGAAGAAGGUGGUUAAUGGAGGUGAGCCCCGCCUUCGUGGCUGCAUAGGGACUCUUGAAGCCCGUGCCUUGAUCAACGGAUUUAGAGACUAUGCUCUAACUAGUGCACUGAGAGAUCGCCGUUUCCCCCCAAUUCAAGCUAAAGAAUUACCCCAAUUAGAAUGUACAGUUUCGAUACUGACUGAUUAUGAAACUGCCGCUGACCACCUUGAUUGGGAGGUAGGAAAGCAUGGUAUAAUAAUUGAAUUUACUGAUCCUGACUACAAUACCAGGCGAAAUGCCACAUACUUACCUGAAGUUGCUGCACAUGAAGGUUGGACAAAGCUCGAAGCCAUUGACUCCUUAAUGCGAAAGGCGGGUUACAAUGGUGUAAUCAGUGAGUCAGUCCGGCAGCGCAUUCGGUUGACUCGCUACCAGAGCACAGCAUUUACGAUGCACUAUGGAGAGUACAUAGCGUAUGUGAAGAAUACCCGAGGCACUGCGCCCACUAUUAAUGGGUUGAAGCCUGGCAACUAAUUGUCCUACAUUGCUUUAUUUACCAUUUGAAGUUUGCUUCCUCAAAAAAGGAAUGAAUUUCAUAGGAUAUGGGGUGGAAUGUUUUAGCCCUCAUAAAGCCAUUGUUGGUGACUUCUUUGGAACUUCUAAUUUUAGGGAAAGAACAUCUAAAAGAUGAACACAUCAUUGAUUUAUUGAGGCUAUGAUGUUUUGACCCAACAUUAUCUUUUACUAAUUCCUGAAUGAAAGUUAAACUGCCUCUUUUGUGCCCGA